AUGUGUAAAUUAUCAGGGGGGAAAUGUGGGGGUUCUUUUGCUGAGAUCAAGGGGUUCAUUCAGACCCCUGUGAGACCUAAGAUCAGAAGCAGAGUUCCGCUGCCACAGGGGGACAUAGUGCAUGGAGGGUUCACCGAGGCGCAGGCGGCGAAGCUGAGGGCUCGCGAGGAGAGUGAGGAGGUGGUGGGCGACAUCUUGGAGGUGCUGGUGGACCCAGUGAUGGAUGCCGCCUGCAAAUCCUACCUAGAACAGCAGUGCAUUCCGUACGCAGUGAACAGGGCACGGGAGACCAUACUCCAUGUGGUCCAGAUGAGAUUUGUGCCCCGGGAUGAGAGAGAACCCCACCUAGUAGACGACCCCACGUGGGCGGAGGACGAGGACCCCUCACCUUGCCGGAUUGACACCUGGGCUUGGGGAGCCUUGCCCGGCCUGGACCCCAAGGAUCAGGAGAGCCAGGAUCUUCAGAAGGGGUCUCACCCUGCGCCUGGACUUCUCAAGGCCAAGUCCCAGGUGGUGAGGAAGCCCAUGUUGCUGCCAAAAGCGCCGAAGAUGGCUCCUGGUGUGAGCAUGUGGAAACCAGCCACCCAGGAGCUGCUUAGCCCUGCUGAACCUCAACAGGAGGACAAAGAGGGCAGCACCUCUCGUCCCAUCCAAACGGGUGCCCUAGAACCGCAGAAAUAA